GUUCUGAUAGUCCUGCAGAAUAAGAUGGACUACCUUCUUCCAUCGGCAGAUUUGUUGCCCAACUUUGCUCUGAAAUCACAAGGAGCAAAGGUUUUACAGUGGAGGCCAUUAGCCGCACAUCCUGGCCAACUACAAAGAUGCGGUUGGUUUGGGUUUGCACUAGAAGAGCCAUUUAUCCACCCAGACAUUGUCAUCCAGGGGAGGACUCGCCUAAAUCCAGGAGAGUGCUGGGCUUUUGAAGGUUCCCAGGGACAUUUAGCCAUCGCCCUGUCCCACAGAGUCCUUAUCAGUCACGUCACCUUGGGUCACCUGCCUAAAAUGUUGUCCCCGACUGGUAACAGCUGGAGUGCUCCCAAGGAGUUUUCUGUCUAUGGAAUGAGGGAACCUGAACAGGAGUGGACUCACCUGGGAACUUUUAUCUAUGAGGAGGAUGGAGAUUCUCUUCAGACCUUUGAGCUACCGACAGCUUGUCCGCCCUGA